CAUUUUCACAAAGAAAGGUUUCAGAAGAAAGGGGUUUGAUAUUGGGUAUCAAACGUGGGUAGAUGGUAGAUAAAAGCGACCGCAUGACGGGGUCCCUGCAUUCCUCGCUGGGACUAUAAUGGGGCGGUAUCUGCGUCUGAUCCUCUGUAUUGCCGGACUUUGGUCAGUGAGGGAGACUGAGGCCCAUGGCCGGCUCUGGAAACCCUGCGCCAGACAGACUCUGUUCAGGCUGUAUGGAACAGCGAGAUUUAAAGCAAAUUAUGAUGACGUGAGCCUGUUUUGUGGAGGAACGCAGAGACAAUGGUCGGUUAACGGUGGAAAAUGUGGGAUUUGUGGUGACGCUUAUGAUCUACCCCAAUCCAGCAAACGCUAUGAGGUGGGCGGGACUAACACUUACGCUACAGGGUUCAUAGCGGAAACCUACCACCAAGGUCAACAGGUGGACGUGUUGGUGGAACUGACAGCAGCACAUCUCGGAAAGUUCUUUUUCAGGAUUUGUAAACAAACUAACGAGAAUGUUGAGGUGACCCAAGAUUGCUUAGACAGAACGCAGUUAAAGGUAGAACAGAAUGGUGUAUACAACGAUUAUUUUGACGUAAAAGCCAGUGGUAUGAGAACAAACAUUUCUAUGACGGUGCAGCUUCCGGGGGAUUUGACAUGUGAACACUGUGUUUUCCAGUGGUGGUAUAAAACAGGUAAUAGCUGGGGAACACAUCCUAGUGGUGAGAGCUGUCUAGGUUGUGGACAACAAGAAACAUUCGUGAACUGCGCUGACGUUAAAAUCUUACCAAAUGAUGGAACUCAAACGCAAGCCCCGACUGAACGACCAAUCACAGACCGUCCCUCUACAGCGCAGCCAAUCACAAAUCGUCCCGUUACAGACCAACCAAUCACGAACCGCCCCACUACUAUAAAUCCCUGGUUUACAACUCGAACCCCCACCACACAACGCCCUACAACUCGACCUCCCACCAAUCCCGGCGGCUUUGCCUAUUCCUGUCCUAACGGAGAAACUCGGACUUGUCGCGCUUCCGGUAUCUUUAGUGGAAAUAGAGGAUAUGACGUUUGGUGUGCCCAGCAUUGCGGAAUGAACUCGGCAAACUGCCAGCCAUUGUACUGCAGCUGUACCUGUAAAUCUCGGUGCGCUCUCAAGUCAACAUUCCAGAGUUACUCUUACUGGCUUGGAGCAGACUUCUGUGAUAGAGCCUCUUCUCAUCACAAAGGCAUCUUUUGCGAUUGUAUUUAGGUUUUUGUCAAUCUCGAUUUUUUAAAGAUCAACCUUACUCAUGAAUAUCGCCUUUUUAAAGGAGAAAGUGAUUCGUGUGUACAAUGUACUUAAAUGAAUCACUAUUGACACAAAAUCUCUUUGUACAUUCAUAUUUAUUUAAAUAGGUCUAUAUUGUACAUGUAUUGAUUAAUGAAACUAUUUUACAAAGCUAAAUAAAAUACAUUUAAAAUCUUUGAUCCGCGUGUCUGUGUCGUGGAGUGCGUUUUACGAGUUUUCUCCCUUCGCAUGCUUUUUUCUAACUUACCGUCAUUAAUAUCUAAAUUGUAAACCUUUUUUUUUAUUUUUUGCAUAAUACAAUAUCACUAGGAGUAGGAGGAAAAGAUCUAAUAUAAGCUAUUAUUUCUAAUAUUAAAAAACUGAUUCAGAAACCGUUUUCUUAUGAUGUAAUUAUA